AAGCAAUAAAUAUGAUGUGGAAGCAACCUCGAGGUGGUCACGUAUUUAACAUUAAUGGUGCUGGCUCUGAUGGAAGGCCAACCCCAAGAGCUACAAGAUGUUCCUUCUAUCAUCAACCAAUUGGGCCCUGACAACAUGCAGCACCUGAAGAGGAUCGCCGAGGAGAUGCAGAAGCAGGUGGCUGCUGCAGGCGCCAUCCAUCCCAAGAAAGAGAACGACGACGACGUUCGGGAGCUCGUUCCUCGGGAGACUUUUGAGGAGGUAGCCCAGGAGACGAAAGCCUGAUCUCAUAGACUCCGCCCGCCCUAGGGGACGAAAGCCUGAUCUCAUAGACUCCGCCCGCCCAGGAGGGUAUGCUUUUUUUACUUACUGAGGCCAUCAAUAAAUUGUUUAGUUUAAUAAUCUUUUAAGAUGAUUUAUAAGCCUGUGUUGGCACUUGGGCUUCAAGUAUUUGACUUCAAUUUUAUUCAGUUCAGUAGAAAUAUGUUUGCUCACUCACUUAAUGUAAGUUAUGGUUUGUAUAUGUCAUCUGUCAUAUGUGUAUAGGUGUAGGUUUAUCUUACUUGUGUUGUGGCUCCUUAUGCACUACCCUGUUACUAUUCUACUUUAGCUGUUCAUAACCGUGUUAGUGUUCUUUAACCCUGUGGAAAAGUUUGGUACCUUUCUCUACAUUCUUCUUACCUAACAACAAAGGAUUGUGCUGUUUUCUUUUACCAUGUUUUAUUCCAUCUUUUUAUUAUUAGCAAGGAUGUUCCUUUUUCUUCCUUAUAAUUUGUCAAGCUUCAAUGCCCUGUUCCUUGUGAUUUGAAGUUAGUGAUCUGUGCUCUGGUGUAAUAUUACGGUCUAAUGUUUUUUGUUUUGUCUUUUUUCUAUUUCUAGGAAAGUGGUGAGAAGAUGUCGAUGAUGCCUACUUGGGACAUUCAAAUCAACACAACAUAAAAAUUUCUGAACCUAUGUCUCAAAGGAGAUUGGAAUGAACUCCAUUGUUAGCAGAUGUCCCAUUGUUCUCUUGUGCAAUUUUGUCCGUUCUUACUAUAUUCCUGUGUAAGGAAAUGUAUUCGUGAGAUGAGUUAUUGUGUUAUGUAAACCUGGGAGAUGUAUUA